AUGCCAGAAACUGUGUCUUCAAAGUUGCACAGCAAACCUUCGCACAAAAAGGCCAUCAUAGUAAUCCCAUUCUAUGAUAUAUCCCCUGAUGAUAAAUUUUUCAAUUGUGUUCGUUAUAUCAUUACAAAGAAAGGCGUCAACCAACGGUGCGGCAACACCAUCAGUGGACCGGAUAGGGAGAAGGCCAUAAAUAUAUCCAAGGAAAUAAGAGGCCUCGCGUCUUCGAAAGACGGAUCUCUAGAAGGACGACUUAAGAACUUUGCGGAUCAUUCUUUAUGUAGGGGUCAGCAUCGCAAACAACCACGCAGCGCUAAAGCAGUCGACAUAUGGACCCAGGAAAUUCAUGAUGAGGUAUCGACCCGAACACGGCUUGAACAAGAAACGGCUAUCGUUGAGGAAAUUGAACAUGCAGUGCGGCACGUCGAGCACGUCGAGCAAGAAGAGCACGAAGAGCACGAAGAGCACAUCUCAAUCGAUCUGGAAGAUGACAAUGCAAGCACUUCGGCAUCCGCAGGUUUAGACUCUACACAAGCAAAACGUCCGACGGACGACAGUGUCACUUCUGAAGCCAUCAAGGGUGGAAAUGGUACUUUGUAUGGCAGUUCGCGAAUUCCAGCCAACAUAAAGGAAGGCCCAAAAGAGGAUAAUCACGAAGAGUCUAUAAAAAUGGACAGCCCCCUUCCCUCGCAAUCGAAAAACGUAUUCGACGCAGCUCUAGACCCAGAACCACAAUCGUCGCACAGGCCCGUAACCCGGUCUCAAACCGCGUCACUCAACACCGUAUACCUUCCCUAUUGGCUCGAACUGUCUGCUGUCACCCCAUCUGCACGGCUAAGCUCCGUUCUUGAUCUCCUGGGCAAACCGCUGCCGCCAAAUCCCAAGAACGACGGCUGGAUCUACAUCUACACACGCCCUUUUGAGCCUCACGUCGUCAAGAUCGGCCUUACUACAAAUCCUAUCCCGAAACGUGUCAAAGACUGGAGUACUCAGUGCGGCUACCUAGCAAAAUUGGAAAAUUACCCGAUUAAGACCCAACAUGCUUGGUUGGUCGAGAAAUUGGUCCAAGAGGAAUUGAGACAUGUGAGGAGAGUUCAGGAGGGAUGUAAGUGUAAGCAGCUGCAUGUCGAAUGGUUUGAGAUUAGUGUAGCGGAGGCUAAGAAGGUUGUGGAAAGGUGGAGUGUGUGGAUGAGUGAGAAGGCCGAGUAUGAGCUGACCCCAUAUGUGACGACCCGAUCAAGGACUGCCCGAUCAAGGACGGCCCGAUCGAAGACGACCCUACUUAAGACACCCCAUGACGGUCAAUGUCUUAUAUUGACGGAAAAGUGGAAGAAGCUGUUGAAGAGGUAUUGGGAAGCGCAUAUGCAAAAUACGCUAGGCAUCGAUGCCUGGGAUACGUGGUGUAGGAUGGAGGAGCCAGGACUCUCAACGAUAACGACCACAACCACUAUCACGAUCACGGCCACGACAACGACAUCUAGGCUGAUGUGCGCGCCCUCUUGCCCGGAAAGACUGGCACCAGCACCAGCACCAGCACCAGCACCAGCACCAGCACCCGCAACACCAGCACCAGCACCAGCAGCACCAGCACCAAUACCAACACUAACAACACCUUCUCUCGGCCCUGAACUGGUGCACACAACACUGCAGUUCAAGCCCACUCCAAAGAUCGGUAUCAGCAUCGACAUUGAAGAAACCCAACUUUCACUAUCCUCAACCCCCUUGCCGAGCCGAUCCUCGUCUCCUUGUCCUUCACCACGACCAGCCACCCCAACCACCGAUCACAAGACCACUUUGCCGGAAACACCCCCCAACAAGGGCACGGCCACGGCGCGCCCGACCCUUAACUCCACUUUGGGCACUCCAGACAGCGGUUACAGUAGCGCUUGA